ACUAGGGCCGCGCUGGUCGCGGAGGUUGCGGCUGCACCGUUGUCCUGGGCUUAGUCCCUCCGUCCGUCCGUCGGUCCGUCGGUCUGUUCCGCCAUGGCUGCGCCGGCGCCCUCUCCGUGGACCCCUUUGCUACUGCUGUUGCUACUGCCGCCGCCUCCCGGUGCCCAUGGUGAGCUGUGUAGGCCCUUUGGUGAAGACAAUUCGAUCCCAGAGUCCUGUCCUGAUUUCUGUUGUGGUUCCUGUUCCAACCAAUACUGCUGCUCUGACGUGCUGAAGAAAAUCCAGUGGAAUGAGGAAAUGUGUCCUGAGCCAGAGUCCAGCAGAUUUUCCACACACCCAGAGGAGACACCGGAACAUCUGGGUUCAGCACUGAGGUUUCGGUCCAGUAUUGACAGUGACCCCAUGUCAGGGUUCGGAGCCACCAUCGCCAUUGGCGUGACCGUCUUUGUGGUGUUUGUCGCCACUAUCAUCAUAUGCUUUACGUGCUCCUGCUGCUGUCUGUAUAAGAUGUGCUGCGCCCGCAGCCCACGCCCUGUCGUAACCAACACCACAACUACUACCGUGGUCCACACCCCUUACCCUCAGCCUCAGCCGGUGGCCCCCAGCUAUCCUGGACCAACGUACCAGGGUUACCAUCCCAUGCCCCCCCAGCCAGGAAUGCCAGCAGCGCCCUACCCGACACAGUACCCACCACCCUACCUGGCCCAGCCCACAGGGCCGCCAGCCUAUCAUGAGUCCUUGGCUGGGGCCAGCCAGCCUCCGUACAACCCGGCCUACAUGGAUCCCCCGAAGGCAAUUCCCUGAGCCUGCCAAGCCUCUUUGGCUGCCAUGUACUCGUGUGGCGUGUGAGUGAGUGAUGCGCAGAGUUCUUUACUGCUGUCUGUGGUGUGUGUGCCUUGUCUAGACAUGUGGCUUCCUCUGCCAUUGACCAGGUAGGCACAAGUCUUACCAGUGCAGGGCGGGACCAACCUGUUUUCUUCCCUCACUUGAAAUUGUACUUUCUGAAAUUUCAAGUAAAUUAAAAACAAUAGGGUAGGAGGUAUUUCCCACUUCACCCCACGGUGACCAGCCAUGGCCUGUCACACGUAGGAGAGCAAGCUUUCUGUGGGUAUAUGUCCUGCUUUGGGGAGGAGCCAGCUAGCUGCUACUAGGGUUUCUUCCCAGGGCUUGGCUGCAUUUUGCUGUGAGGCGGGUAGCUGGGCAGAGAACCAGGGACCCCAGUGGCAGUGGGUCAGUCACUGAUGUCAAAGCACAGCAGGCAGAGCCCCGUCUGGCCUGCGUCAGUCACCGGGAUUAUCCCACUGUCUCUCCUGGGACUAUGUAGAGGGCCGUAGCGUCAGGCUCCAUUCAGGCUCCAAUGGGGACGCUUCCCCGCCUUUGCUGGCCUGGCUGCUACACACUGGUUUCUCCCUGCACUGUCUUUUUACUGUUAGCCAAACAUUUUGCCUAUUUCUGUCUCCAGAUGUGUGAUAACUGGUGUGAGGUUGCAAUCCCAGGUUCCUGGAGGACAGACAACCUGACCUGACAGUCAGUUUCCCUUGACCAGCUUCCUUAGAAUACCCGACUCCUGUACCACAGUCCAGUUGGUCCCAGUAGCAGGGACACCAGGGCCAGGGGGUUAUCUGGACCAAAGGUGGGGGUGGAGGGCUGGAUGGUAGCUCUGGCCCAGACGUGAAUACCUCCAUAUUCCCUGUUGGCUCCUAUUCCACUGCCUGUGUUAGCUUUGUGUUGAUUGGUGUUUCUUAGCAUUUAGACUCCGCACCCUCAUUUAUAAUAAAUGCAACGUUUGGA